CAAGUAAAAAACCAGAAUCUUUAUCUGAAAUUAAAUUGGUACAAUAGGCCUUAGGGUUUCAUCAGUCCCCCUCUUAAAACCUUCACUACACGCCCAAACGCACACUCUCUUACUCUCUCCUCUAGGCGCCCCCCGACGAUAUCAUUCUCCUCGUCACGCCUAUUGAGCAACAAUGGUGAGGGUCAGUGUGCUAAAUGAUGCUCUCAAAACAAUGUACAAUGCAGAGAAGCGGGGGAAGCGCCAGGUGCUUAUCAGGCCGUCAUCCAAAGUGGUCAUUAAGUUUCUUCUUGUCAUGCAAAAGCAUGGUUACAUUGGUGAAUUUGAGUAUGUUGAUGACCACAGGUCUGGAAAGAUUGUUGUUGAAUUGAAUGGAAGGCUAAACAAAUGUGGAGUUAUUAGUCCACGUUUCGACGUUGGUGUCAAGGAGAUCGAGUCUUGGACCGCUAGACUUCUUCCUUCUAGACAGUUUGGAUACAUCGUGUUGACAACAUCUGCUGGUAUCAUGGAUCAUGAAGAGGCAAGAAGAAAGAAUGUCGGAGGCAAAGUACUCGGUUUCUUCUAUUAGGAGUUAUCUUUGGAGCCAUGCUGGCGAUAUAUUAUAAUUUAUAGAUGUGAAUUUUUUUCUUAGUGGAUCAUGGAACAUAGUAAUCAGGGCUCAGGUUUCGUUUCAAUUUGAGGGGGGCUCGUUCAAAUGUUAUGGCUAUUAAUGUAGGCAGGUAGAACUAUUCUAAAAUUUUGCUAUCAAGUGCUCCGUUUUGUCA